AUGGCUGCAAUUGUUCGUCCCUUCAUAGGAACUCCGCCGAGUCAUCCAGAAAUCGAUAAAGAUGGCAAGAUAUCUCCGAACGGUUCCAUCGUGGGUCCUUUUUAUCAAGGAAACAACAUCUCCCUUACUUGUGGAACGUCUGAUGGCAAACCGACCCCUGAAGUUUCCUGGUUUAAGGGUAGUGAGGAGCUGGACUCCGAAACUCAUGUGCAUAUAGAGAAGAAUGGGGCCUCAACUGUUAAGUCCAGAGUGAAUGUGACACUGAAAAGAGAGGACCUGGGAGCCAAAAUCGAAUGCCAUGUCGACAACGAUGCUAUAGACGAUCCCCUUGUGUCUUGGGUGGAAAUAGAUCUUCAUGUUCCGCCUUUAUCCUUAGAAGUGGAAGGACCAACUUCACCCGUGAUAGCUGGCGAACUCGUGUCUCUCACUUGCACAAUCCAAGGGGCCAAACCUGCAGCCAACGCUACAUGGUACAACAAGUCAGAUGUUAUUAAUGUGAUGCCCCAGACCCACAUAGAUCAGGCACCUGAUGGCACCUUGACUACCAUCAGUACUGUGCAAGUUCCAGUUUCCCGGUAUGACCAUCUAGGCACGUUUUAUUGCAAAGGAUCCAAUUAUGUGCUACAAGGCAAAGAAGCUCCUCUAUUGAAGUCUUUGGAUAUACAAGUUCUCUAUCCACCGGCUGUGGUCAUGCAACCUGUUAACGGCGUCAUCGUCAACGAAUCCGACAGCGCUAUCAUCUACUGCACUUACGAAGCCAACCCCUUCAAUGUAACGGAUGUCCUGUGGUUCCAUGAAGGUGAACUUCUCGCUGUUCCCACGCAAGACAAGUAUGAGAUGAGUAUGCAAGGCUACCCUGCCCUCACGAUCCGAAACGUUCAAAAAGAAGAUCGGGGAUUCUACUCCUGCUUACUCGCCAAUGACAUAGGCAGGGGCAAUGCCACGAACUACGCAGAAAUCAAUGUAUUGUUUCCACCCGUCGUAGAAGCCACUAUAUCUCCAGAAGAUGCAAAAGAAGGUGAUAGUAUCUCCCUUUUCUGUGACAUCCUUGAAGGCAAUCCCCAGAAUCUGAAACGAGUCCGGUGGUACAGAUAUGAAGAUUUCUUGCAUGAAACUACAGAAAGAGAGAUUGUGUGGGUUGGAGCGUCACGGAAUACUUCUGGAGUAUAUUCCUGUGAAGGACAAAAUACGGCUGGCUGGGGAGAAAGAUCAGAGCCGAAGGAGCUCAUUGUUCGCUAUCUACCAGGACCUGCUGAUUUAAUAGAGCUUGAUCCACCUGCUAUCAAGGGAGAAACCGCAACUUUACACUGCGACGUUGAGGAGCCUGGAUUACCCCCUGUGUCUAUAUAUAGGUGGGAGAAAGACGGAGAGCUAUUAGCAACAACAUCUAGUGAAAAUUAUACAACAGAUGUUCUUGGCGUCGGUAGUAAAGGGAAUUACACAUGCGCCGCUCUCAACAAUGUAGGAAUUGGACCCAAAUCUACGAAUUAUCUUCCAGUUUACGCGCCUCCAACAUUCAUCCACGAACUGCCCGAGAUCAGGGGUGCAGCUCGAGAUUCUCCAUUUAUCAGCUUCGAGUGCCGCGUGGAAUGCGAACCUCUGUGCGAAAUCUUCUGGAUGAAAGACGGUUUGAAAGUCACCAAUUCCGAAUUGUAUAUCAUAAGAAAUCGAGUGUUACCUGAAGAUCAUCUGAACAAUUAUUUCCGAUCGAUAUCCAGUAGUCUGCAAUUUAAUAUGACAGCCUGGCCUGGACGAAGACUUGAGCGAGACCGGGACAGAGCCAACUAUACUUGCUUUAGUACUCCUAACGAUGUGGGAGAUGGUGUCUCUUCCUCUAUGCUCUUUCUUGUAGAAUAUCCUCCCGAACUGAUGAGUCUGUCUGAAAAUGUGGUAAGAGUGCGUGAAGGAAAUGUGCCUCCAGAUGUGGAAUGCUCAGCUUCUUCAUGGCCUCCCAGCACUUAUCUUUGGCUGAGAGACACAAAAGUACUCGCAAGGGACGAGACACUGUCUUUCAAUCAAAGCGUGACUAGAGAGCACAUGGGAACGUACAUCUGUGUUGCAGAGAACAGUCACGGGAAGUCGCAAAUAGAGCUGAGACUAGAAGUGCUAUGUAGGUACAACUGCAUGUUUUGUGAUUUUCAUUUCUUAAUCACAUACUCCGUCUAAAUUGACUGCAAAUUUUAUAUUUACAUAACUGAAAUUAUACUUAAUUAAAACAAACAAUACUUCCCUAACAAUGAAAGCCAUCAAAAUGAAAGAUCAGCAUCAGUUUUCAACAACAAUAUAUCCAAAUGAUUUGAGUGAUACAGAAAAUUAUCAUUUUCGAAAUACAUUUUAUCGAGUGAAUUAGUAUAUUCGAAAUGAAUUACAUAUUUUAAAAAUAAUUGCAACAACAAAUCGAUAAAAUAAAAGUUUACUUUUUUAUUUUAGAUAUCUUAAGAAUAAUUAAGAAGAAAAA